AAAAAGUACAAUCUAGUAGUGGGAAUGAUCAAAAAGCUAUCAGAAACAUUGAGUAGACUAAGUGAUAAUGACCCAACAAAGUUAGUUGUUGCCAAAAAGCUAAUAAACUUGCUUUAUGAUGCUGGUAUAAUAUCAGAAAGGAAGCUUGUCGAGUGUACGAAAGUUAAUGUUAGUUCGUUUUGUGAGCGUAGACUGCCAAUGGUUAUGGUCAAAAAGAAAAUGAUCAAAACAUUUAUUCAUGCGGAUGAAUUUGUUCAACAUGGGCAUAUUAGAGUUGGAAUAAAAACAGUAAAUGACCCAAGUGUCUUAAUCUCACGCACUAUGGAGGAUUUUGUCGCAUGGGUAGACAGUUCAAAGGUUAAGAAAAAGAUAGCUGAAUUUAAUGAUAGGCAAGAUGACUAUAACUUUAUUUCAUAA